AUGUCAGAAAAGGACCCACAAGCCGUCCAGCAUGGCGUCGACUCUUCACAGCCCCAAAACAAUCAUUAUGGAGAAGACUCAGAUGUCGUCCUUCUAGACACUGGAGCAGCACAUCUUGAGAAUGCUCAGCUUGCCGAUUUAAAGCUUGCAAAAGACGGUCAUACUGUGCUUAUUCCGCAGCCAACAUCAGAUCCGAACGACCCGCUGAAUUGGUCGUGGCGACGUAAGCAUCUCAUGUUGGCAGUCGUGUCUAUCACGGCUUUUCUUGGCGAUUAUGGGAGUGGAGCUGGUAUACCACUCAUCGUGCUCCAGGGUGAGGAAUGGGGACUCUCGCCUGCCAAAGUUAAUGAGGCAGGCAAUCUCAACGUGUUGAUGCUUGGUAUUGGCGGUAUCUUCUGGAUUGUCAUGGCAUCUUUCUGGGGUCGCGCACCUGUCAUGUUCUGGUCCACCGUAUCAGGCACUUUGUUCACCCUGGCAUGCGCUGUCACUACCAGUUUCGACGUCUUCUACGGUAUGCGUGCCAUGAUGGGCUUCACACUCACUGCGUAUCAAGUUGUGGGGCUUGCUUGUGUCAAGGACAUGUUCUACUUCCACGAGCACGCUCGAAAGAUCGGAAUCUGGGUCGCGAUAUUCAUUCUGUCGCCAUAUUUGGGUCCAUUUUUGGCGAACUUCAUCAUUGCGGGUACUGGUGACUGGCGGGCUGUGUUUUGGCUCGUCUUCGCGACCUGCUGCGCGGAUUUGGUUCUCAUUUUGCUGAUAUGCGACGAGACAUACUAUGAGCGGUCCAUUUCCAUCGAUCAGCAGCCUGCAAGACCUCAAACCGUACUCGGGCGGCUAUCGAGGGUUAUUGGUAUCUGGCAGGUUCAGCAUCAUACAGGAUAUUUCAAGACCGCUUCGCAAGCCUGCCAGCGUCUGCUCUCGGCCUUCCUCAAACCCAUAAUCAUCCCGGCCAUGUUUUAUUAUUGCAUGAGCUUCAUGUGGUCCGUCGGCAUCAAUAUCACAUCUACAAUCCUCCUCGAGACCCCUGUCGCAGUUGGAGGGUAUGGAUUCGGACCAAAGUCCAUCGGUUUCCUCUACUUCACGCCCCUGGUUGCUGUCGGGCUUGGUGAAUCAUUCGGCCACUUUUUCAAUGAUGCCGUUGCAAAACGUUAUGUGGCCAAGCAUAAUGGUGUCUUCAAGCCAGAAGCUCGCCUUGUCACGUCCUAUAUCGCUGCGGCCUUUAUGAUUCCUGGUCUCAUCAUCGUCGGCCAGACCUUGGAGAAGCAUCUCCACUACGCAGGCAUUGUGAUGGGCUGGGGUAUGUAUGUAUUCGGAGUAAUGCUUGCUACGGUCGCAAUUACAGCUUAUGCGCUCGAUUCAUACGGAUCAGCUAGCUCGGAGGUCUCUGGUUUGUUAAAUUUCGCAAGAGGCUACUUCCAACAGCCCUGGGGCGCGAAAAGCGGUUAUGGCCUCUCUUUCGGCAUUCAAGCUGUUAUCGUCGCACUGGCUGUGUCCAUCAUACUCAUGCUUCAGCUUUUUGGAGGGAGGCUGAGGGCAAAAGGUGGACCUGUCGUAUAA